GAGGUGUAGUUUCGAGCGGAAGGCGCGCGGUGCCUUCUCGGCGUUGUAGGCGGGCGGGACUCGCUUUCCCGGGGCGCCGCGCGGCGGUCGGUGACGCCGGAGCCGGGCCGGCGGGGCCGGGCAGGGGAGCGGAGCGGGCUCUGCGGCGGGGCCGCGGUGUCCGCCAUGGACUCGCGGGUGUCGGAGUUGUUCGGGGGCUGCUGCCGGCCGGCGGGCGGCGGGGCAGGCGCAGCGCUGCGCGGGCGCGGGGGUGCCGCGCCUAGCGGCGGCGGUGGCUCGAAGACGAAGAAGAAGAACGGGCGGAGCCGCGGAGGGAAGGCCAACAACCCCCCGUACCUGCCGCCCGAGGCAGAAGAUGGGAACAUCGAGUACAAGCUAAAGCUGGUGAAUCCCUCGCAAUAUCGCUUUGAACACCUGGUGACACAGAUGAAGUGGCGACUACAGGAGGGCCGAGGUGAGGCUGUCUAUCAGAUCGGCGUGGAGGACAAUGGGCUGCUGGUGGGCCUCUCGGAGGAGGAGAUGCGAGCCUCGCUCAAGACGCUGCGCCGGAUGGCAGAGAAGGUUGGGGCUGACAUUACAGUUCUGCGGGAGAGGGAGGUCGAUUACGACAGCGAUGUUCCAAGGAAGAUAACGGAGGUGCUUGUCCGAAAGGUGCCUGACAACCAGCAGUUCUUAGACCUUCGAGUAGCUGUCCUAGGGAAUGUGGACUCAGGGAAGUCAACACUGCUGGGUGUCCUAACACAAGGAGAGCUCGACAAUGGGCGGGGCAGAGCACGCCUCAACCUCUUCCGGCAUCUCCAUGAAAUCCAGUCAGGAAGAACAUCAAGCAUCAGCUUUGAGAUCCUCGGCUUCAACAGCAAAGGAGAGGUGGUAAAUUACAGUGACUCCCGGACAGCAGAAGAGAUCUGUGAGAGUUCUUCCAAAAUGAUCACUUUCAUUGACCUGGCUGGUCACCACAAGUAUCUGAAAACAACCAUCUUCGGCCUCACCAGCUACUGCCCAGACUUUGCCAUGCUGGUGGUUAGUGCUAACACUGGCAUUGCGGGCACAACACGAGAGCACUUGGGCUUGGCCAUGGCCCUCAAGGUCCCCUUCUUCAUUGUCAUCAGCAAAGUUGACUUGUGUUCAAAAGCCACUGUGGAACGAACAGUGAAGCAGCUCGAGCGGAUCCUGAAACAGCCAGGCUGCAACAAGCUCCCCCUGCUUGUGAAUUCAGAUGACGAUGCUGUUACAGCAGCACAACAGUUUGCACAAUCUCCCAACAUCACCCCAAUCUUCACACUGUCCAGUGUUUCUGGGGAGAACCUGGAUCUCUUGAAAGUCUUCCUCAACAUCCUCCCUCCACUAACCAACAGUAAAGAGCAGGAAGAAUUAAUGCAGCAACUUACAGAAUUUCAGGUCGAUGAAAUUUAUACAGUGCCAGAGGUGGGGACUGUUGUGGGAGGAACUCUGUCAAGUGGGAUCUGCCGAGAAGGGGAGAACUUGGUGGUUGGUCCCACUGAUGAUGGGAAGUUCCUCCGGCUGAAAGUGUGCAGUAUCCAACGGAACCGCUCUGCCUGCCGUGUGCUGCGGGCUGGGCAGGCAGCCACCCUGGCCCUUGGGCCCUUCGACCGCUCCCUGCUGCGCAAGGGCAUGGUCAUGGUGAGCCCAGAAAUGAACCCAACCAUCUGCUCAGUGUUUGAAGCCGAGAUCGUGCUGUUAUUCCAUGCCACAACUUUCCGGAAAGGGUUCCAGGUGACGGUGCAUGUGGGGAAUGUGCGACAGACAGCUGUCGUAGAGAAGAUCCAUGGAAAGGACAAGCUGCGGACAGGAGAGAAGGCAGUUGUCUGUUUCAGGUUCAUCAAGCAUCCUGAAUACUUGAAGAUUGGAGCCAAACUACUUUUCCGUGAAGGAGUCACCAAAGGCAUUGGGCAUGUCACUGACCUCCAAGCCAUCACCACCAAAGAAAACAGCCUGGAGGAGUCCCUGGGGCCUGGACAGCUGAGCUUCUGACUACCAGCAGGUCAGAGAAAUCUCUACUCACCAGCACCUGGGGAGAAGGCUGGAAGCUCCUGUGGCUUUCUGAGCAAUGCCUGGAGCUGCUGCUGUCCCGUUCUAGUGUGGAUGUCCCUCCUCUGCACUGUGAGAUGGAGCAUGGGAGAGUUUCUUGCAUUCACUGCCGUAUGUGGGACAAGUUAAGCAUGUUCUCCACAUCGCCUGCAGCUUUCAUUACCCUGCCCUCCUUCGGAAUAGAUCAGAGGUACCUGCAGACCUGGGCAAGCAAGUUUUGGCUUUGUUUACUGUUUGAAAAUUGCUGGUUGGGAGGCGCAGUGCCCUUGAAGACAAGCAGUGAAGGGAUGUUUUUCCAUCUCUGACACAAGGUCUGGUCCCAUUUCUGCUCUCUGAAUACUGGGUUGAUAACAGUAUUCUCUCAAGUCAUCCUUCAGUACAUCCUUCUGGGCAGGGGAUGGAAGAGGCCAUGCUACCCACAGCAAGGGCUUGGCUGAACCUCUCAGAAUGCAUUCAGGACACUUUUUAACCGUUUGAAUCUUGGUUGGCUUUAAUCUGCUGUGUGUCCAUUUGUGCAUUGGUUUUGCGUUAACUCCAAUCUGAGUGUCUUACUGUUGGACAGAUGUCCUGUUCCCCACUCACAUGUACACAUUUCUUCAGCAUCCCUCUUUCUGACUCCUGGGAAGCUGUGGCUGCUCUGAGUGGCACAACCUCCUGACAUAACAUCAUGAAGACAGAGUUUGUACUUGCAUGUGUUCCUUGCAGCAGCUGGACAGGAGGCCAUUCUGUGGAGCAGAGCAGGGCCCAGGCCUGUGCUGGUGUGAGCAGGUUGUUUCUAUGGAUGUUCACCUGAAGGUGCCCUCUGCACACUGGUAGCAGUGGUUUGCAAUGGGCUCCCUAGUGCGGCUGUUCCCAGCCCACCUUGUUCCUCACACGCUUGCCUUAAUGCGUGAGGAGGACAGGCUGCGUUACCUACACAAAACCAGGUAAUUUCUGUUUUGACAGUGGAAUGGUUUUUAUUUCUCUUAGAGCAAGAAUUCCUUUCUUUCCAUUGCCACUGAUGUUUGUUGUCAGAAGAAAGCUGAUGUUGCCAGCAAGGACUCUGUAUGUAGAGUGGAGCACAGGUCUCCCACUCUGUCAUGCAGCUCUGCUGUGUAGCCUGCAGGCUGCAGCAGGGUCUGUAAAGCUGUACAUAGGCUUCUGGUUUUAUUGUUGACUGUUAGACCAAAUGUGUCUGCUGUGAGCAAAAGGCCUUCAGCAAGCCCUGCUGGUUGGUGUGGUGGCCUGCUAGCCCUGACUGAAGAGAAGGGCAAGGGCCUGUGAUAUAACUUGGACACCCCAGCGGCCCUUCUGCCAUCCUGAGAGCAGGUUCUGCUGUUGGGCCACUGGCACAGGCACUGCUGUGGGGCUGUGCAGGGCCGUGGGUCUCUGCACUGGGCAAGGCCAUUGAGGGGUGGGAGGGUGGGGUCUGCACCCUGCCAAGAGCAUGCUGAGGUGAGGGAAGCCUGUCAAGUGGUGGCAUAAAUGAACGGAAGGCAGCUUAAUAGUUGCAGGAGUGACCUGUCCCUCAAAGGGAGCACUGAUCCAGCUGAAAACUGCUGCAUCCCCAGCAGAGAAAAAGGAGAUGCUGGCUCAGGGUCACUACUCAAGCAGGAUCCCUUUUUAUUCCCAUUCUGGCAGUUGGCUGGGUAUUCCAAAGGCAUGGUCUUUUCACCAAUGCCUGCAAGGACAGGCCCCAGCUGCCAGCAGGCUCUUGUCUUUGGUGCUAGUGGGUCACAAAGAAAGCUGCCUGGGGAUGGGGGACUCCAGCUCUUUGCAGCAGCACUGGUGUUUUCUGCCCCAAAGGGGGGUGCUGUGACCUUUCUGAAACAGCUGAUGGCUGGUCUCACCUCAUCCUUGCCAUCUGUGGCAUGACUGUUCUUGGUGCCAUGCUCUUCAUAAUUGCUGUUUUGUUGUCUUGAAUUUUUCUAAUGCUGGGGAUUGUCCCAGUUCUCCAAGCAUCUAUAUAAAUGUACAGAAUAAAGAUGUUUUAUU